AUGUUAAAGGAACAGGACCAUAGCUCCGAUGUGGGCGAGUCUCGUUCACCGUCUAUCUCAGACUCGGACUCUGAGCAUCACCAAAAUGUUACAGACUCUAUGGCGUCCAGACAACGAUCAUCAUCCGCCACGGCCACGGUGCCUCACCUGGAUCGUGUGCACUCUGCAAAGCACCUAGACGACCACUCGACCUAUCACAGUGAUCACAACAUGGACAGCGACGAAGGCGACGAGACAGAAGAAUCUUACAUGGAAAAGACUGAGACCGUCCAAGAAGUCCGAAACGGCAUCGUCAACGAGCGAGAUGUUGACCUAGAGCGAAAUCAAAUGGAACUUAAAAAGUCCAAAUCUGCACGUUCAGUACGCUCACGACUAGACUCCAAAUUGGUCGACUGGGACGGGCCCGACGAUCCAGAGAACCCCAAGAACUGGCCCAACAAGAAGAAGUGGGCAGCAACAGUCACCGUCUCCCUCUUCACCUUCAUCUCUCCGGUCUCCUCUUCAAUGGUCGCCCCAGCCCUCACCUCAAUCGCAGCAGACCUCAAUAUCACAGACAAAGUCCUCUCCCAACUCACCCUCUCAAUCUUCGUUCUUGCCUACGCCGUCGGCCCUCUAAUCCUAGGACCUCUCUCCGAGAUCUACGGCCGCGUAAUCGUUCUCCAACUCGCCAACCUCUUCUUCCUCGUUUUCAACAUCGGCUGCGCCGUCUCCCAAACAUCAACCCAAAUGAUCAUCUGCCGCUUCUUCGCCGGUCUAGGUGGCUCCGCACCCUUAGCCGUAGGAGGCGGCGUCCUCUCAGACUGUUUCCGGCCCGAAGAACGAGGCAAAUCCAUCGCAAUCUACUCUCUCGCCCCUCUCCUGGGCCCAGCACUAGGCCCCAUCGCAGGCGGCUUCAUCGCCGAGAAUACCACCUGGCGCUGGGUCUUCUAUUCCACCUCCAUCACAGACGGCCUCAUCCAACUCAUGGGCCUAUUCUUCCUCCGCGAAACAUACGCUCCACGUCUCUUGAAAAACCGCGCUGUGCGCCUCCGCAAAGAAACAGGAGACGAAUCCUACCAAACCGAAGCAGAACUUCAAAAGAAAACCCUUCUUCAGGUCCUUCGCACUGCCCUCGUCAGACCAUUCCGUCUCCUCCUCACCCAACCCAUCGUCCAAUGUCUCGCAUGCUACAUGGCCUACAUCUACGGAAUUAUGUACCUUGUCCUAUCAACAUUCCCAUCCCUCUGGACCUCACCGCAAUAUUAUAACGAAUCCAUCGGCAUAGGCGGAUUGAAUUACAUUUCUCUCGGUCUCGGGUUCUGGGCCGGUUCCCAAAUUUGUGCCCCGCUCAAUGAUAAAAUCUACCGCGGACUGAAAGCCCGAAAUGAUAAUGUCGGCAGGCCCGAAUUCCGAGUCCCACUCCUUAUCGUCGGCGCGGUUCUUAUUCCCGCGGGAUUGUUCAUCUACGGCUGGACGGCGCAGGAACAUUGUCAUUGGAUCGCUCCUAAUAUCGGUGCGUUCCUCUUUGGAACGGGCACGAUUGUCUCGUUCCAGUGUAUGCAGACGUAUAUGGUUGAUACCUAUACGAGGUUCGCGGCGAGUGCCUUGGCUGCGGGUUCGUUUUUGAGAUCGUUGGCUGGAUUCGGGUUUCCGCUUUUCGCUCCCUACAUGUAUGAUAAGUUGCAGUAUGGGUGGGGAAAUAGUGUGCUCGCGUUUAUUGCGCUGGGCUUUGGUAUUCCGGCGCCGAUUUUCUUGUGGAAGUAUGGGGAGGCUUUGAGGAGGAAGAGUACUUAUGCUGCUGGAUAA